GUGUGACAUCACAGUUUCUGAAAUUGUUGCGUGCGCUUAAUUACUUGUAUAAAAAUGAAGCAUCUUUGAAGCAUCAAUUUUCGAAUAGGUAGAACAAGACUUUGGUUGCUUUUUAGCAUUUACCGGAUCCCUGCUCAAGUGCCCGCCAAUCCAUAAGUUAGAGGACAAGACAACAGUCGAAAAUGAAGCGCCAGAACAGAGCUGUUAGCUAACAUUAACAUUAAUAGCCUGAAGGGCCUCAUAACAGUGGCGGUCUUUUAACUCACUCAUUAAAGUUGAUCUCCGCGGGAAAUGGAAUCGUCAUAGCGAAAGAGCAUCCCUAGAGAUCGCUAGACGCUAGAAUGGAUUAUGAUCUGUUCCAAUCGGACGACGAUGAGGAUAUACUCACAGCCUUCUUACAAGCAACACAAAAGCCACAGCCAGAGCCAGCAGAGGAGAUACAAAGCAAUGAUCACCUUGAUCAUGACGAGUGUAUAUUGGAGCUGCUGCCCGAGUUCAACUGCGGAGGGAGGGAUACUAUUAAGACACAUACAGACUUUCCCCAACAUAGUUUCGUGCGCAAUGGAUACGCGCUAAAGGCGCCGUUGCCACGCAGUCGGCUGGAAAAAUUGUGCUUCGACUUCGAGCCGGAACAGCUGCAAGUCUGCGCUGUCUUGCGCUAUGUGCAUGGCGAAUCGUGCAAGCAAAUACAGAAGCUCAGCGCAGCCAUGGCAGGUCAGCAGCAGCUGCAAUCCAAGUCCUCGUUGCAUGCUGCCAGCAGUUGGUACAAGGCACGCCAGCAGGUCACUCAUUACUAUCUCUGGCUACUACACGAGGUGGACGAACAGCAGUUGCAGCUACUAGCGCCAGCUAUUGUUCAGCUACGUGAGCUAAUCAAUAGCUGCCUGGACGCGGACACAUGGCGCAUUCUGUACUUUGCGGAGCAUUCCAAGGGCAAUGAGUGCCAGGCGCCUGCCUAUCAUUUUUAUCACGGCGCACUCGAAUGGCGUCUGCUGGACCUGUGCCUGUUGCACAAAUUGCAAGAGCUCGAUGCGACGUCACAGCUCGUGUACUUGUCGCAACUGGAGCGCACAUUGGACGACUUGGUGCUCUGCGCCAGUUUCUAUUAUAGAAGCAAACACAGCGCCGAGCUGCUGCACAGUUCGGCUUUUAUGUGCCGCUGCUGCAAGGAGUUGUGGCUGGUGCUGCAGCAUCAGCAUCCGCAUCAGCAGCCAACAGACGCAGAUACAGAUACGGACACUGGCUUCUGGCCAUUGCUACACAGAGCCAUGCAGCGGCACAAGAAACAGAUGGAUGCUGCGCCUGCGCUGGCCUAUCAUGAGUUCUACGCUUGGCUGCGCCUGAGCCUUGCGCGCUUGGGCGCCUACGAUGCGUGUGGCAUGCAGCUGUUGCAGCCAACGCCAGUGUCUGCAGAGGUGCUCCAGACUGGUUGCCUGCUGAGGCAGUUCCUGGCCUGCCAGCCGGAUGAGCAGCAGCGGCGUGUCUACCUCUGUUUGCUGGCGCCGCUGCAGCUGCGUUGGGGUCAGCCCGAUACGGAUGUGAUCUGCCAGUUGUGGGAGUGCCUGCAUCGAUCGCUGAACUGCAACUUUGGCGGGCAGUCUCAGCUGGAUCAGCUGUCGUUGAUAUGCGCCAGUGGAUCGGCCUACUUGGAGCGCUAUCGCACGCUGCUGGCCAAGCCACUGCCGGAUGACUUGAAUCUAAGCAGCUUUACGCUGUUCGCCCUGCUGCUGGGCAAGACGCUGCAACAGCUGCCGGCACUUGGCCGCGGCAACCAGGCCCAGAAGCUCCUGGGACGGAUCUUCAGCAAGUUUAGUGCAGCGAAGCUGCUCGCGCUCAACGAGUCGGGCAUACAUCAUGUCAUUGAGCUGUUCCUUUGCCUACUGCUCACCUAUGGUGAGUUCAGGGAGCUGGCGCCGAAGCUGCGCGAAAUGCUGCUGUGCCUGGCCUUCGACAAGCUGCCUCCGGCUCGCCGCCAGCUGGCGGCCAAAGGUCACAUGGCUGUGCUGUUGCUGCACGCGCAACGUCGCCAGCCGCUCGAUGAGUAUGUGAGCAAGCUGCUAGCCCAGCUGGCGACUGUGCGCAACGAUACGGAUGUGGGCGGCAUCUUUGCGGCCACGCUGCAGCCCAUCUUCGAGCUGGCCGAUGACUUCGCCCGUGGGGAGCAGCUGCUGCUGGCGCCCUGGCUAGCCCACUACAUCGAGCACAGUGCACAGGCGGCCCAGGAGCGUGUUUGGCAAGCUCUCCAUCUGCUUGCCCAGAAGCUGAGGGCCAACAUGUCAGCUGGCAUGUGGGAUGCACUGCAGCAGCAUGUGCUCCCACAGCUGCGCGUGCAGUAUGUCAGCGGCUACAGCACUUGGCUGCCACAGCUUGCUGCCGACUUCGUGGCACUGGACAGGGAUAAGAAAUUGCUAGAGGGCCUGCUCCAAGGUGCCGAGCCGGCCAAUACGGCAGCUAGUGCGCAGCUGCUGCUCCAUGUACUGCGGGACACGGCAUCAGGUGGCCAACAGCCGUCCAGCAUGCUCAUCAUUCAGGUGUGGAUCAAGUCCCUGGUGCUGCUCAAUGCACAGCACGAGGCGGUGCUCGCACUCAAUCCGUUCGUCAUCCAGCUGGAGGAGGUGUGCGCCUUGGGCCUGGACGCCGACUCGCUGGCAGAUCGGGAGCCGCUGUGCGCAUUCUUCGGAGCCCUGGGCAGACGCGCACAGCAGCAGGAGGCGUUGGCACACGUCCGCAUGCAGCUCAGCCACAAGCUGCAUGCGUAUGUGGCGCACUUUGACCAGUGGCUGGCGCCACAGAGCCGGCAGGAGCGCCCCGAGCUGGGAGCCCGCUUCUAUAACUUUUUGGCAAUUGUGAUUUAUAACUGUCCAACGCUCUGCUAUGUCCGCUCAAAGCCCAGCUGCUUCUUCCACCUGGCCAUGGUGCGUUUCCUGCUCACCACUCAGCUGCAGGCGGGCGUUGCGCCCGAGGGGCGGCUGCCACAGCUGUUGCACAAGAUAUUUCCAGUGCUGCUGCAGGGCAUUGGACGCCUGCCAUAUCGCACAGAUGCGUAUCUCAGCCGCACGCUGGAGCAGCUCGUGCUGCAUUGGACACCGCACUUUGGCUUCUCCAGCAACGUGAAGCUGGUGGCGCGUCCAUAUGCCACGCUCUUGCAAGCGGACUCCGAUGGCGAACUGGCGCACUAUGUGCUGCAGCAUCUGGCGAACCAAUUCCUUGCCGUGCAGCGCAGCCAGGCGGGCACGCAUGUGGGUCUCAUUCUGACUGUGCUGCAACAGCUCUUUGUGGGCUUGGAUGACCUGGAGCUGGGACCCGAGGCAGAGGCGCAGCUGUUGACGCUGCUGCGUGCAGUUCACGUGCCGCUGCUCGAGCACGUAAUGUUCGUUGGCGAACUGGAGCCCAGUCGGGUGCAGGUGCUCAGUCUCUAUGCUGUUCUGGUCAACUUGUCCCAGUUCCAGCGUUCUGCAGCUGCUCGCGACAUCUGUUCGACUGAUAUACGCAACCUGGCUGAGAAGCAUUUGGCGCACUGCACCUACUUCUACUUCCAGAUGCUCAUCAAGCUGGCGGAACGAGCUCCGCAGUUGGUGGCGCCGCUCUUUGGCUUUGUGCGGGAGCAGGCGCACAGCGUCGAGCUGAAACGCGGCGCUGGCGAGGAUGUGGGCAUACGCAAAUGCCUGCAGCGCUUGCAACAGGUGCUCAGGGUUGGUUAAUAUAUAGAGCUAUUUAAUAAAGUAUUUACAAAUAUAUUUGUGGUAUUCUAGUAAUAAAUAAACAGUUGUUUAAAGCCGUAAA